AAAAUGCCAGCAGAAGCAACAAAUAAUGGGAGUAAUACAACAACAGAAAAAUCAGAACAACUUAAUGUAACACAACAAACUAAAAAGGCUCCAGCAAUUUUUCUUUUUGAUGUUGAUGGAACGCUUACAAUGCCUAGACAGAAGAUUACGGAUGAGAUGCUUCAAUUUAUGCGUAAUCUAAGCCAACGAGUACCCAUUGCUGUAGUUGGGGGUUCUGAUUUGUGCAAAAUUUUUGAACAAUUGCCGAAUGAAGACAAUGAAUUGCUCAAACUUUUUUCGUUUAUUUUUGCUGAGAAUGGAUUAAUGGGAUUUGAAGGGGUUGAGAAGCUACCGAAAGCGUCAAUAACUAAAGAACUUGGUGAAAAGCGCCUGCAAGACUUGACAAAUUUUUGUCUUCGUUAUAUGUCAGAAAUUGAUUUGCCGCUUAAACGAGGGACUUUUAUUGAACUUCGGAAUGGAAUGAUGAAUGUCUGCCCAAUCGGUCGUAGUUGUACCCAAGAAGAACGAAUGUCCUUUGUCGAAUACGAAAAUAAAUUUCCUGUUCGUCAAGACUUUGUAAAGGCAUUAGAACAACGCUUUCCAGUAAACGAACAUUCACUCAAAUUUUCAAUUGGUGGACAAAUAAGUAUUGAUAUAUUCCCCUCUGGGUGGGAUAAAACAUUCUGUUUGCGAUAUUUGGAACCCAAAUAUGAGGCUAUACACUUUUUUGGUGAUAAAACGAUGCCGGGAGGAAACGACUACGAGAUUUUUAUUCAUCCUGGCACUGUUGGACAUAGCGUUAGUGAUCCUAUUGAUUGCUGCAAACAAGUGACUGAAACAUUGGGUCAAUUGGGACUUUAAAUAAAGGCUUUAUAAUCUAUGAUAACUACAUUCCCUAAAUUGUUGUUCAAAUUUGGAAAAUUAUCAAAUUUCUUUUAAAAAUUAAAAAAAAAUUUUACUUUGACAUUUUUAACUUGGACAUUCUGAUUUUUGUUAUUUUGAAAAUUUCACUUGUUUAUUUAUUUUCUGUCAU